AUGGCUCUCAAAAACGACGCUUUCCCUUCGUCCGCCGCCUUCGACGUGAUCCACUCCACCCUUCAGGGUGACGCUGCCGAGCGCAAAGACGCCGUUGACAAGGCCAAGGCCGUCGUCGCUUUCAACCUCAGGAACUCGAAGGGCGAGGAGGACAGCUGGUACUUGGACCUCAAGGAGAAGGGUGCCGUGGGCAAGGGCGCUGCUCCUCCCGGUGGAAAGGCCGACGUGACCCUUUCCCUGUCUGACGAAGACUUCGCUUCCCUGGUGUCGGGCAAGGCCAACGCCCAGCGACUGUUCAUGGGAGGCAAGCUCAAGAUCAAGGGCAACAUUAUGAAGGCAACGAAGAUGGAACCCAUCAUGAAGAAGGCCCAAGGCAAGGCCAAGCUAUAG